GUGUAUGAGGGUUGGGCUGAAGGACGCAAAAAUCUAGCAUUACAGCCUCUGUUUCUGAUGAGCAGUGCUAGUGACUGGUCUUUAUUUGUAACCAGUAGCACAGCAAUGAUCGAUCUGAGACAUAAUGUGAACACAUUGACCAGAGAUCUGAGAGUGUAUUUAGAAAAUCAGGUCAAAAUCAAUCUGCCAGGUUCAGGGGUAGGUUUGUCUCUUGUUUUAGGAUUCGGUGCUGCCUACAUCUGUUAUUACCUGAACUCAAUUGCAAAGAAGCCACAGCUUAUCACAGGGGCAGAAACAUUAUCUCAGUUUCUACAGAGGUAUUGUCCUGUGGUAACAGAGACUUAUUAUCCAACCUUUUGGUGCUGGGAAGCAAGAGUCCAGACACUGCUCAGGCCAUUCAUCACCGCCAAACCUUGGGUGAAAUACAAAAAUGAACUUAUUAAGACGCCAGAUGGUGGACAUAUUUCCUUGGACUGGAAUGAUAGUGAUGAGAAUGCAUUGUAUCCUAUCUCUGCUACAAGACCUAUUAUCCUUAUCUUACCUGGACUUACGGGAACAAGUAAGGAAUCGUAUAUACUGCACAUGGUUAAACAGAGCGAAAUACUUGGAUACAGAUCUGUUACUUUCAACAACAGAGGAGUGUCUGGAGAGGAAUUGUUGACUCCCAGAACAUAUUGUGCAGCGAACACAGAAGAUUUGGAAACAGUCAUUUCACAUGUACAGAAAACAUUUCCACAAGCUCCACUAAUGGCUGCUGGUGUCUCCAUGGGCGGAAUGCUCCUGUUGAACUACCUGGGUAAGACUGGCCAGCAGACCCCACUGAAGGCAGCGGUAGUCUUCUCCAUUGGCUGGAAUGUAUUUGAGUGCACGAUUUCCCUUGAAAAACCACUUAACUGGAUAUUGUUUAAUUACUACUUAACCAAUUGUCUACAAUCUUCCGUCAACAGGCACAGGCCAAUUUUGGAAAAAUCAUUUGACAUAGAUUAUGUCCUGAAGGCAAAAACUAUCCGAGAAUUUGAUGAACGGUUUACAUCAGUGAUGUUUGGUUACCAAACAAUUGCUGAUUAUUACAGAGAUGCCAGUCCUUACCUCAAACUAAAGUCCAUUGAAAUUCCUGUUUUGUGCUUGAAUGCUUUAGAUGAUGUCUUUUCACCAAGCCAUGCCAUACCUAUGCAAUCUGCCAAACAGAAUCCCAAUGUUGCAUUAUUACUAACUGCACAUGGUGGUCACAUCGGCUUCCUGGAGGGGAUAUUUCCUCGAUGGGCCACUUAUAUGGACAGAGUCUUCAAACAGUUUACACAAGCUGUCUUUGAGCAUAGAGAUGAGCUGAAAAAUACAUAAAUUUUGAAACUCAUCUGUGUCAAUUGUUUCACAAAUUUACUGUCUAAACUAUGGAAUAUCUCAAUAAUAAGUAUAUAUUUGAGCAUAUUGUAAAAUACACAUUUACUGUGUCAUCACACAUUUAAAACUGACUAUCUGUCAUUUGGUUUUGUCCAGAGGUUAAGAAAAGGUUGAAUAGCAUAGUGAAGACUAUUUAUUGUAUCCAGACUAAAUCUCAAUUUAUACUUGGAUUACUUCCUUUCAUGUGAAUUUUUUUGUUAAUUUGAAAUAUUCAGAUUUUAGUUUUAUAUCAAUUUCUAUCUAUUGCUUCAUCUUAAAUGUAUUUGUUCAUUUUUGUACACUCAGUUGGCACAGGACUUCUACAAUUAACCACAUUAUUGAUGGUAAAUUAAAUCCUCAGGGCUAUUAUUUAACUAAUGGUCCAGUGCUUUAAGUUCAUUUUUUUCUCAAUGUACUUGCAAUUCAUAACAUAAUUGAAUUGCUGAGAAGAGAAUGCAUUUGCACAUAAGUUUAACAUCUGUCCAAACAACCAAGUUGGUAGCACUUAACAGCUUAUAUCUAAAGCGAAGGUAAUGAUAUAACAUAUGAAUGAAGAAGAAGCACAGAUACUUCUAGAGUAAUAACCUUGCCUCAAAAGCAAUGCAAUAAAGCACAAAUAUUGCUGAUGAAUUUUAUUUUAACUCUUGAUUAAUUUACUUUUAAAUCACUAAUCUACUUUGACUAUGCCGAGGAUAUAUUCCUUAAAAACUUGAAAACCAAAAGAAAUCAACAUUAACCUAAGCUAACAGUGACUAACUCUGAAGUGUGUUUCAGAACUGUAACUGUGACAACAAUAGAUUACUGCCUAAGCUAUAGUAUUUACACAGUCGGUGCUAUUGAGUUUGCCGUGUGUCGUCUGUUGAGAAGGUCCAAGACUUACCACGAUCUUCCAGUACUUGAAGUACAAAAUAGAUUGUAUAUGAUACAAUAGGUAAAAUAUGUAAUUUUGUUUCUAAGAAAACUCUUCAACAGCUAGAAAAUAAAUUUUAAGAUAUUUACUAUAUAUAAAAAAUAAAAUGUUAUCAACUAAGCAUUGUUUUCUUAUUUAACAAAUAAUACAAAUUGUAAAGUAAUUUACUGUUUCAUAUUUUGGAUUAUGGAUUGGUCCACUAGCUACAAUGGUACAGCUGUUCAACCAUUAAUUAAAGCAUCCUAGUUGAAAUGUGACAUCUAUUCCAUAUAAGUGUUUACUUUUAUUAUUGCCUAUGGCUGUUUGAAAUUAUCAUUCAAUUUGCAGUUUGAAUAUAGUCCAAUGCUGAAAAGGCAAACCAUUGCUAGCCCAUCUCAGAAACAUUUUUUCAUAUUAUUUGGUCUCUGCUGAAAGUAAAAGUGCAAGGUGGCACUGAACUUGCCAAGUGAUUCUCAGAGAAAAUCCUUAUUAGUUUCUGAAAGUUUAUUAAAUCUAUUAUUACUGCAUGCUAAUCCCUUAUGUGGCACCUUGUCAAAAGCCUUCUGAAAGUCCAAGUAAACCAUAUCCAAUGGCUCCCCCUUAUCCACUCUACCAUUUACAUCAAAUAAUUCCAACAGUUAUAUCAGACACAACUUCUUUUUGUAAAUCUAUGCUAACUCUGUCCAAUGCUAUGACAAUUUUCCAAGUUCUCUACUAUUACAUCUUCUGUACUUCUGAUGGCAAGCUAAUCUACAAUUUAUUCUUUUGUCUCCGCUUCCCUUCUUAAAUAGUGGGGCAACAUUACGUACUCUCCAAUUCAUAGUAACUAUUCCUGACUUUAAAGAAUUUUGGGAGAUGACCAUUAGCAUAUCUGCUAUUUCUAGGACCACUUACUUAAGCACUCUGGAAUGUGGCUUAUCAGGCCCUAGGGAUUUAUCUAUCUUUAAUCGCAUUAGU